GCGUGCUUCACGGCAUCAAAGGCUUCGUGGUUUUAGCGUGAGACGUCAGAGUAACUUUGAAGUUCGGGCGUCCAGAGGCGAGUCGUGAGGAGGAUGUCCACGAGCACGAGGGUUUCAGACGGAGACCGGACGAUGGAGCAGCGCAAAGCUCAAGUGUCCAGCCAUCCUUUCAGCGUGGAAUCGCUUAUAUUGAACCACAAACCCAGUAAGGAGUUGGAAAGCAGGCGUGAGGAUGUGUCAGGUCCAUUUGCUAAGACUGAGAUCAGGAAUUGUGGUUCGGCUGGAAUAUCAAAUCAAUUUAUUCAGACCUCACCCGUCAAAUCGGAAUCACCCGAGCCGGAUGACUGUACAUCAUGGGUUAUGAACUCCACAUACUUGCAAUCGCGCCAGGUAAGUCCCUGUCCUCUCCGCAAGCACAAGACGAACCGCAAACCCCGUACACCGUUUACCACUUCGCAGCUCCUGGCACUAGAACGAAAGUUUCGACAGAAGCAGUACCUGUCCAUUGCAGAGCGGGCAGAAUUCUCCAGCUCUCUCACGCUUACAGAAACCCAGGUGAAGAUCUGGUUUCAGAACCGACGGGCCAAAGCCAAGCGUCUACAAGAAGCUGAACUGGAAAAGCUCAAGUUGACUGCUAAACCUACACUGCACCCUAAUUUCAGCUUGCCUCUUCCUCUUGGGACCCAGAUCCAUUCGGCGGUCUCACUAUAUGGGCAGUCGUACCCUUUUCAAAGGCCUUUUUUGCCUGUUGCUCCAGUGGGGCUUUAUGGAACACCUUUAGGGUACAGCAUGUAUCACCUUGCGUGACAGGAAGCACUAUGAACAAACACAGAUCGCUGGAUGUGUACAGUAGAAAGACAAUGUUUACAAUGUUUGGGUGUCUAAUUCCAAAACAACCAAAGCAUCUAAUCAGGACAUUUUACCUCACUUUCUACUGACAGAGAGAUCAAAUUUUACCCUGUGGAUGGAUAAUUAUUUUGCCAAUCUAUCUUUUUUAUUUGUAUAUUUGUGUCAAACAUCAUAAUGUAAUAUAUUGUAAAAAGAACUAUUUUGUGUACAAAAUAUAGCUGUAAUUAAUGUUAGAUGUUCUUUUUUUCUGUUUAAAUGCAUCUUGACAAGCUCAUUACACAUAGACGGGUGUCUUAUCUGUUGCUUUGCUAUAAUGGACGGACAGUGUUUUUUAAGGUUGCAGAUCUUAAAAGAAAUUAAAUGGCUAAGCAGUUGAUUUAUAUAUUAGAUAAAUACAUUGCUUUAUUGAGACAGAGAUGUUUCUGAGUAACACAGAAGCAAGUUUGACAGUCAGUAUGAUAUAUGCGAUGGUAUCUUUAUAUGCAUUUAGCCACAUUUUUAUAUAUUUAUACUGUAAUUAUACUUCACUGAAAUCCAUUUUAAAGAUGGUGACAUGUACAGUUAAUAGUUUAAAGAUGCCUUUGACUUCUUUUAAAUGGGAAUAAAUAUUGCCUGUUUAUUAAAUUCA